AUGAAGCUAACAAAAGCACAAGAGAGCUUGAGAAAGUCCAAAGAAGAUGCUAAGAAAGAUAAAUCUAGGGAAAGAUCCAGGUCCAGAGAAAGAGCGAACAGACGCGCGAACCGAGAAAGACCUCUUGACAGAGAGGUUGCACUCUAUGCGGCCAGAGCCGACCGAGGUGCCAAGAAAGGUGAGGCUCGCCGAAAAAACUACUUCCAAGCACUGGAACAGUAUCAAACAACCGUAGUUGGAGGAGCAACCACGGUCGGUGGGGCUACAGCGAUAAACGAACGUGUAGACGAAGAUUUUACGAUUAAGACAACUCAAGAAAUGGUCCGUUUCCUACGAGAUGAGAAACUCAUAGAAACGAAAUAUGAGUUCGGCGGCAAGUGGGACAUUUUCUUUCAACGGUUUAAACGUAACCCGAUGAAAGCUGCAAUAGACGAGUACUGCCGCAUGGAAGAAGUUGUGGGGAAAAAUAUGAUGAAUGUGCUGUCAAAAACAACAAAUUUAGACGGAUCCAAAGAACUCAAAUAUAAGGAUAUUCCAGUAGGGAAACCUCCUCCUCUCAAGCGUGCCGAUGAUCCCGCAUACGAAUUGCAGUGGAUGUAA